AUUCCCUGUCAUUCAUUAGCCGCCGCGGGCAUUGAAGAGACACGAAGUCAAAAAGACAGGAGGAAACACAAAAGACUUACCACAGAAUGUGAUUUUCUUUUACUGGAUUUAUUCUGAAAUGUGAUCAGUACCUCAAUUUCUGAUAAUUUUGAACUGAUUUGGACUUAUUUAGCGUACGCGGAAUGGUUUUUAUUAGACCUCGCCUUCGUCAUUAACCUGGUAUGUCGAUAAACAGAGAAGAAACUAAAUUGCAGGACAAAGGCUACGAUACGAUUAUGAUGUUACCACGUGAUGGCAUUCUGUGCACCAUGGAAAUAAAACUGAUAUAUUUUGUUCUUCUUGGAUUAUUCCUUGGAUUAUGUUUGGCAAAUGUAUCCAACCCUGACAAUCCGUCCACGUGCCGUGGAUAUUGUGAAAUAUUUAGUGACAUAUGUAAAAACGGUGGAACUUGUGUGGAAACCUCUCCCUGCAGUAAUACUGGGAGAUGCAAAUGUCCGCCAAAUUACGAAGGAGAGCAUUGCCAGAAACUGAUCAACCCAGAUGAGGGAAAAUCAAGUCAGUCAGCAAAUAAGAAACCAAAGAGGAAACACAGGAACCUUCUACUUCUUUCAUUGUUUAAGAGUUUAGCGUUACCCCGAUCUGAUUCGAAAUUUACCAAUAAUAUCGGGGAUGAAAGCCCAACUAAAACUUAUAAAGAUGAGGUUGGAAAAUCAAAUCCGAAACAGGACACAAACAUCGUCAAAACAACCCCAUCUACUACCGUCACCACGACAGAAAGACCGACAACUUUAACAGUACCAUCAACGACAACCACUGCGAGUACCACCACCACCACUACCACUACAACAGCUGAGACAACCACCGCCAAAACAACUACCACAGACGCAUCUGAAGCCCCGGCGACAUCUACAGAAAACAGCGACGAAGUGACGACUUCUGCUGGUGAUAUUCCAGCAAGCACCGCUGAAAGCUACAGCGUGUUCUCUGAAGAACAAACGACCGAAGGAAAAGCAAAUGAGUAUGAAACGACUACAGAAUUCGCAAAAGAUCUAUUUGUAAUGCAGAAUACCUCUGAGGCCGACUCCAACAUCAAUACAAAUAAAAACAAUUCGCCUUCUGCGGCUGUUCCGGCUCAAACAACACCCUCUGUUCUUCAAAUUCCUGACCAGAACAGUAAUACAGAAGCAACCGAUUCUAAACCCAUCACACACGUAACGAGCAACUCUAAAUUAAAAACAGGCCAAUCUAAUCCAACGUUGUUGCCUUCGUUAAUUUCGUCAACAGAGAGUUUGUCAACCAAAAAGGAAGAAAAACAAAAUAUUCUCGAAACAAAUAUUCCCUCUAAAUCAGAAACAAUUGAAUCCUUGGUAAAAAAAAACAGUAUCACAUACUACUUUAGGGUCUUUACUUUUCCCGAAGAUUGUUGGGACUCCUGACAGAAGUGUGUCAGUGCCGGAACUUCCUCUUAUUAACAAUAAAAAAGAAAAUACAAACUCAGAGAAAUUAAGUAACACCUUAACUGUUGAAAACCAACCUCAGUUGUUAGGAACUACAAAGCAAGAUUUAUCACAAGAUAAACUGUCUUCUGCUGUAGAAUCGCAAGUGUCAACAACAGCUUCACAAGUAUUGAGCAACGCAGAACUUAAGCAAGACUCAGACAAAAAAUUUAGUUCUCCAUUGCCUGAAACAAAGAUUGUGGAUAAUAAAAUCGCUUUUCGUGAACUGGUGGGGGGAAAACCCCAAGUAAGAGGAAGAAAAGAUCUUUUAAGUUCUACGACUGUUCCAGAAACUUCAAACCUUCCAGUUUCAACACAGCAAUCAAAAUCCAUUAUAAACAACGUCGUAAAGGUUGUAGAAAAGGCUUUAGAUAAAUCGAAAGUAUCUUUGAUUAACACUUUACCACCAGAGAAGGCAGAAAGCGAUUCCAAGCGUAACUCCACAUCUGGUACUGCAGAACCUCCUCAGUCCGAAAACAAACUUUACGAUAAAAUUACCACACUUACCAACAGGUUGACAAAAGAGUUCGCUAGCAGUCUGAAGAAAAUCAUCAAAUCUGUUUUCACGGAACCGGAUUCAUCGAACGCAGUGACCCCGGGUAAGGAUUCAAAUUUCGAUGUCAUUAUUCCUGACAAUGUGAAUGACUUAAAACAGUUAGACCAACAUAUGCACAAGAUCAAACCUGUGGAUAAUGAAAAGGACAAAGAUAUACCAACAAGUUCUCAUGCUCCGGACAAAAUCGCUGACACCCCCGGGAUAAGCCCUACAGUUGCAGGGGAGAUGUUACCCGACUCCCAGACGACGGCUGAUUACACUGCAUCAACGUCAGAUGUGCAGUAGUGAACUAUUGGCUCUGGGCUAAAAAAGAAAUCCCAACAACGCGAGAGUAACGUCCCGGAUAGUGUUGUAAAAUGGUGUCAGUCGGUGAAAUAUGCUAUUGCUUUUUUCGUCGCUUGUCAGUUUCACGUAUUGUGCAUUUUGUACAAAUACUGUUGUGCAUUGCACAUCCUGUUUAAUAAAUGCCCAGAUCUAUUUGGUGUUUGCUUAAGGGAUUUAUAAGAACAAUGCUGUUGUAAACAGCGCAUUAUAUUUCUCUUAAGGUUUCGAAACGGUGACCUUGUUCGAUGGAACGUUGCAGUGGACGAAUGCCGAGAGUAGUCGAGUGGAUCGUUGAAAUCAAGAUAGCAUCCAAUAGGACUUAAAAAGAGGAAGCGAUCACGUGAUCUGUGAUAAGUUUUGUUGAGUUUACGUGCCAAACCCCAGACGAGUACAUUACAUAUCUAGCUGGCCUAGAACCUUGUUGGUAUUAGUGUUGUUUUAGUCUAUGUUAUUAUUCUAAUCAAUAAAAAAUAUUUAUUUAUUA